CCAGUCCACGAUAUGGAAUAGUCAUCUUUUGAAAAAAUAAAAAGAGCCAUAUGAUUAAAAAGAUUAGCGCAGGUCUUUUUCUUGUAUAUAUGCUUUGAAAUUCCCAUUCAGCUUACAGAAUCUUUCCAUUACAUUCUAAAUAGAGCUUUUAUUUUACAAUUCUUUUGACGUUGUUGUGUUUUCGUACUGGUCCAGCGGGAAAAGUUAUUUGCAAGUGUGAUUACUCUAUCCUGACACCGAUAUCUGUCAUCCGUCACUAAGACCGGGUGGAAAGACAUCGUCGAGAAAAGAAAAGAAAAGAGUUGACGGAAUCGGGGAUAUAUAUAAAGCCUCUCAUAUGUCCUGUCUGGAGGAUUCUGCUUCUUCAUUGACAUCAACACCGAGAUCUAGUACAAAGACAUUUCAGAAGUCAAUUGCCAGGCCGACAACAGCUACAACCGUAUCAGCAAAGACUGAUCAAAGAAAGCGCCUCAAGUCCAAAUCCCAAUUCGUCCGCAAGGCCUUCUGUGCAUUUAUCGCCAUUGUCCUUGCGCUGCUCCUCGUGUCUUCGAGUCGAGGAGCUAUAAACGUGGAGCCUUCACAUAACAACAACCCUCCGCUUUCGGGCAUAAACAGCUCCGUCUCAAAGGAAGAGAGCUUUAUGCUGAGAAACGCUGCAUCAACUGCAUCAUCUAAACCAGGCAUCAUCGCAUCUGUCCUAUCAUUGUCUAAAUCUCCGCUCCUCAACCCUCAAUCACCCCGCACCAUGUCUUCUACAACAGCAGCAGCAGCAGCAGCAACGCACGCCAAGAUCGUCCCCCGCCGCUCCUCUGAGCGCGGACACGCCGACCACGGCUGGCUCAACUCAUACCACACCUUCUCGUUCGCGGGGUACUUUGACCCAGCGUACAUGCAUUUCGGCAGCCUGCGCGUGCUCAACGAAGACCGCGUCGCCCCGCAGUCCGGGUUCCCCACACACCCGCACCGCGACGCCGAGAUUUUUUCGUAUAUUCUCUCCGGGACCCUGACGCACCGAGACAGCAUGACGUCCGGUGGUGCUGGGACCCAAGAUGACAACAACAACGCCCAGUCGCUAAGCAGCCUAGGCAAAGACAAAUACUACAACAUGCAGCGCAACGACGUGCAGUUCACGACCGGCGGCACGGGCAUCGCACACUCGGAAAUGAACGAAGACGUCCAACGCGAGGUGCACUUCUUGCAGAUCUGGGUCCUGCCCUGGCGCAAGGGACUCCCGCCAACAUAUCACACCAUGACGUUUGACGAGGCGGCGAAGCGCGAGAAGUUUGUCACCCUGAUUAGUCCGCUCAAGGCCGGGGUAGCGGCCACGAGGGACCAAGAAAAGGAAGCGCGGCCCAGCGUGGAGGGGACGAUCCCGAUUCAUGCGGAUAUGCUUGUCGCUGCGGGCAUCGUUGCGCCGCGCGGGGUGUUUAGGUGGAGGGUUGGAGUGGGUGAUGCUUCUGGGACAGUUGCUGGAAGCAAUCCUGGAGGAGACCCCGAAGGAAAGGAAGGGAACGAAGGAAAGGAGGGAAAGGGAGAGGUGGCGAUACGCUCGAGGCAGAAUAGACACGUCUAUGUCCAUAUCCCGCAGACAGCAAACGGCGGGGCACGCGUCCGGAUUGAUGGGCGCCAGGAACUGGGCGAGGGCGAUGGCGCGUUUGUGACGCUCGUGAAUGCGGGGGACGUCUUGAGUGUAGAGUCGAUAGGGACGGGAGAGGCGGAGGUUAUUAUUAUGGAUGGGGAGUGAUUAGUAUGUGAUAACGUCUUAGAUUGUUUAUCUUUGUUGGCUUUGCCCCCGGGGGUGGGGUUUGGGGUUUGCGUCUUGUUUUGGUGCUUGGUGUAUUUUUGAUGAUUUAUUAUAAGAGUUGUUUUCUUCUUUU